AUGUCUGAUACCGAAACGCCUGCAGCCCCUCCUGUCGAAAAGAAACAGGUUCCGACAAAUGAAGUCGAUCUCACGAAAUACAAGACUGCGGCAGAUAUUGUGAACCAAGUGGUCAAGAAGUUGAUUGAUCUUUGCGUCGAGGGCGCGAAAGUGCUCGAUAUCUGUGUCGAGGGGGACAAGCUCCUCGAGGAAGGCACUGGGGCCGUUUACAACAAAGCCGUCAAAGGUGUCAAAGUACAGAAAGGCAUCGCCUUUCCUACAAGUAUAUCUGUCAACAACUGUGUGGCUCACUUUUCACCGUUGGCGUCGGAUCCCCUCUCAUCGCAGCUCCUUGCCAAAGACGAUGUCGUUAAGAUUCAUGUCGGUGCCCACAUCGACGGCUAUGCUGCCGUGUCUGCUGAGACAAUCGUCGUGGGCGCAUCACCUGAGAACCCCGUAACCGGUCGCCGAGCCGAUGCGAUCAAGGCCGCAUGGCACGCCGCUGAAAUCGCUAUGCGCCACAUCAAAGUGGGCAACAAAAAUUGGGCCGUCACUGAAGCCGUCGGAAAGAUCGUGUCGACUUGGGAUUGCAAGCCCGUAGAAGGCAUGCUCUCCUGCCAGCAAACGCAAAAUGUUAUUGAUGGCAAGAAGCGCAUCAUUCUCAACCCUAGUGAAUCGCAGAAACGUGAAUUCGAGACGAUAACGUUCGCCGAGAACGAAGUCUAUGGCAUGGACAUCUUGAUCUCGACUGGAGAGGACGGAAAGGCUCGUCUGGAGGAGUCGAGAACCACCAUCUACCAGCGUGACUCCACUGUUACCUACCAGUUGAAGAUGAAGACUUCCCGAGCCGUGUUCUCUGAGGUACAGAAGAAGUCUGGGGCCUUCCCCUUCAACAUCCGCUGUCUCGAAGAUGAGAAACGAGCGCGCAUGGGUCUUCAGGAGGCCGUCCAGCAUAGUUUAGUGAAACCCUACGAAGUGAUCUACACUCCCGCUGGCACCUUCGUUGCCGCUUUCCACUUUACGAUCGCCCUUCUCCCCGCCGGCCCUGCCUUAAUCACCCACCCACCGGUGUGGUAUAAGCCGGAGCUUGUCAAGACCGAGAAGGAGCUAGAGGACGAAGAGACCAAGGCCCUCCUCGCCAGAAAUUUGCGACCUACCAAGUCCAAGAAGAAGAAGACAAAGGCUGACGGUGAGGCCGAAGGUGACGAUAACUGA